AUGGCGCACAUGACACAGGUCAAACACGUGCACACAGGGGAAAAUGGUGGCUGCUCGGCUGCCAUCACUGGCAUCACUGCUAUCACUGGCAUCAAGGGCCUGCCACGGAGCACCUACCAGCAUUCAUCACUCACCUCUCUUCUUCAGCGUCCGACAUCCCCCCCCUACCCCCCUUCGCCCCACACUCUUCCCCCUCCCUCAACUCGACCUUACCCCCUACCUCUCCAACGCCUUCCACAACUCUCCCUCCCCACGCCCCUUUCUCGACCCCUAUUCUCCUCCCCACGCCCCUUUCUCAACCCCUAUUCUCCCUCCCCACGCCCCUUUCUCAACCCCUAUUCUCCCUCCCCACGCCCCUUUCUCAACCCCCAUUCUCCCUCCCCACGCCCCUUUCUCAACCCCCAUUCUCCCUCCCCACGCCCCUUUCGCAACCCCUAUUCUCCCUCCCCACGCCCCUUUCUCAACCCCUAUUCUCCCUCCCCACGCCCCUUUCUCAACCCCUAUUCUCCCUCCCCACGCCCCUUUCUCAACCCCUAUUCUCCCUCCCCACGCCCCUUUCUCAACCCCCAUUCUCCCUCCCCACGCCCCUUUCUCAACCCCUAUUCUCCCUCCCCACGCCCCUUUCUCAACCCCUAUUCUCCCUCCCCACGCCCCUUUCUCAACCCCUAUUCUCCCUCCCCACGCCCCUUUCUCAACCCCCAUUCUCCCUCCCCACGCCCCUUUCUCAACCCCUAUUCUCCCUCCCCACGCCCCUUUCUCAACCCCCAUUCUCCCUCCCCACGCCCCUUUCUCAACCCCUAUUCUCCCUCCCCACGCCCCUUUCUCAACCCCUAUUCUCCCUCCCCACGCCCCUUUCUCAACCCCUAUUCUCCCUCCCCACGCCCCUUUCUCAACCCCUAUUCUCCCUCCCCACGCCCCUUUCUCAACCCCUAUUCUCCCUCCCCACGCCCCUUUCUCAACCCCCAUUCUCCCUCCCCACGCCCCUUUCUCAACCCCCAUUCUCCCUCCCCACGCCCCUUUCUCAACCCCUAUUCUCCCUCCCCACGCCCCUUUCUCAACCCCCAUUCUCCCUCCCCACGCCCCUUUCUCAACCCCUAUUCUCCCUCCCCACGCCCCUUUCUCAACCCCUAUUCUCCCUCCCCACGCCCCUUUCUCAAACCCUAUUCUCCCUCCCCACGCCCCUUUCUCAACCCCCAUUCUCCCUCCCCACGCCCCUUUCUCAACCCCUAUUCUCCCUCCCCACGCCCCUUUCUCAACCCCCAUUCUCCCUCCCCACGCCCCUUUCUCAACCCCCAUUCUCCCUCCCCACGCCCCUUUCUCAACCCCUAUUCUCCCUCCCCACGCCCCUUUCUCAACCCCUAUUCUCCCUCCCCACGCCCCUUUCUCAACCCCCAUUCUCCCUCCCCACGCCCCUUUCUCAACCCCCAUUCUCCCUCCCCACGCCCCUUUCUCAACCCCUAUUCUCCCUCCCCACGCCCCUUUCUCAACCCCUAUUCUCCCUCCCCACGCCCCUUUCUCAACCCCUAUUCUCCCUCCCCACGCCCCUUUCUCAACCCCUAUUCUCCCUCCCCACGCCCCUUUCUCAAACCCUAUUCUCCCUCCCCACGCCCCUUUCUCAACCCCUAUUCUCCCUCCCCACGCCCCUUUCUCAACCCCCAUUCUCCCUCCCCACGCCCCUUUCUCAACCCCUAUUCUCCCUCCCCACGCCCCUUUCUCAACCCCUAUUCUCCCUCCCCACGCCCCUUUCUCAACCCCCAUUCUCCCUCCCCACGCCCCUUUCUCAACCCCUAUUCUCCCUCCCCACGCCCCUUUCUCAACCCCUAUUCUCCCUCCCCACGCCCCUUUCUCAACCCCUAUUCUCCCUCCCCACGCCCCUUUCUCAACCCCCAUUCUCCCUCCCCACGCCCCUUUCUCAACCCCCAUUCUCCCUCCCCACGCCCCUUUCGCAACCCCUAUUCUCCCUCCCCACGCCCCUUUCUCAACCCCUAUUCUCCCUCCCCACGCCCCUUUCUCAACCCCUAUUCUCCCUCCCCACGCCCCUUUCUCAACCCCUAUUCUCCCUCCCCACGCCCCUUUCUCAACCCCUAUUCUCCCUCCCCACGCCCCUUUCUCAACCCCUAUUCUCCCUCCCCACGCCCCUUUCUCAACCCCUAUUCUCCCUCCCCACGCCCCUUUCUCAACCCCUAUUCUCCCUCCCCACGCCCCUUUCUCAACCCCCAUUCUCCCUCCCCACGCCCCUUUCUCAACCCCUAUUCUCCCUCCCCACGCCCCUUUCUCAACCCCCAUUCUCCCUCCCCACGCCCCUUUCUCAACCCCUAUUCUCCCUCCCCACGCCCCUUUCUCAACCCCUAUUCUCCCUCCCCACGCCCCUUUCUCAACCCCUAUUCUCCCUCCCCACGCCCCUUUCUCAACCCCCAUUCUCCCUCCCCACGCCCCUUUCUCAACCCCCAUUCUCCCUCCCCACGCCCCUUUCUCAACCCCUAUUCUCCCUCCCCACGCCCCUUUCUCAACCCCUAUUCUCCCUCCCCACGCCCCUUUCUCAACCCCCAUUCUCCCUCCCCACGCCCCUUUCUCAACCCCUAUUCUCCCUCCCCACGCCCCUUUCUCAACCCCUAUUCUCCCUCCCCACGCCCCUUUCUCAACCCCUAUUCUCCCUCCCCACGCCCCUUUCUCAACCCCCAUUCUCCCUCCCCACGCCCCUUUCUCAACCCCUAUUCUCCCUCCCCACGCCCCUUUCUCAACCCCCAUUCUCCCUCCCCACGCCCCUUUCUCAACCCCUAUUCUCCCUCCCCACGCCCCUUUCUCAACCCCUAUUCUCCCUCCCCACGCCCCUUUCUCAACCCCUAUUCUCCCUCCCCACGCCCCUUUCUCAACCCCUAUUCUCCCUCCCCACGCCCCUUUCUCAACCCCUAUUCUCCCUCCCCACGCCCCUUUCUCAACCCCCAUUCUCCCUCCCCACGCCCCUUUCUCAACCCCUAUUCUCCCUCCCCACGCCCCUUUCUCAACCCCCAUUCUCCCUCCCCACGCCCCUUUCUCAACCCCUAUUCUCCCUCCCCACGCCCCUUUCUCAACCCCUAUUCUCCCUCCCCACGCCCCUUUCUCAACCCCUAUUCUCCCUCCCCACGCCCCUUUCUCAACCCCUAUUCUCCCUCCCCACGCCCCUUUCUCAACCCCUAUUCUCCCUCCCCACGCCCCUUUCUCAACCCCCAUUCUCCCUCCCCACGCCCCUUUCUCAACCCCCAUUCUCCCUCCCCACGCCCCUUUCUCAACCCCUAUUCUCCCUCCCCACGCCCCUUUCUCAACCCCUAUUCUCCCUCCCCACGCCCCUUUCUCAACCCCUAUUCUCCCUCCCCACGCCCCUUUCUCAACCCCCAUUCUCCCUCCCCACGCCCCUUUCUCAACCCCUAUUCUCCCUCCCCACGCCCCUUUCUCAACCCCCAUUCUCCCUCCCCACGCCCCUUUCUCAACCCCUAUUCUCCCUCCCCACGCCCCUUUCUCAACCCCUAUUCUCCCUCCCCACGCCCCUUUCUCAACCCCUAUUCUCCCUCCCCACGCCCCUUUCUCAACCCCUAUUCUCCCUCCCCACGCCCCUUUCUCAACCCCUAUUCUCCCUCCCCACGCCCCUUUCUCAACCCCCAUUCUCCCUCCCCACGCCCCUUUCUCAACCCCCAUUCUCCCUCCCCACGCCCCUUUCUCAACCCCUAUUCUCCCUCCCCACGCCCCUUUCUCAACCCCCAUUCUCCCUCCCCACGCCCCUUUCUCAACCCCUAUUCUCCCUCCCCACGCCCCUUUCUCAACCCCUAUUCUCCCUCCCCACGCCCCUUUCUCAAACCCUAUUCUCCCUCCCCACGCCCCUUUCUCAACCCCUAUUCUCCCUCCCCACGCCCCUUUCUCAACCCCUAUUCUCCCUCCCCACGCCCCUUUCUCAACCCCCAUUCUCCCUCCCCACGCCCCUUUCUCAAACCCUAUUCUCCCUCCCCACGCCCCUUUCUCAACCCCUAUUCUCCCUCCCCACGCCCCUUUCUCAACCCCUAUUCUCCCUCCCCACGCCCCUUUCUCAACCCCCAUUCUCCCUCCCCACGCCCCUUUCUCAACCCCUAUUCUCCCUCCCCACGCCCCUUUCUCAACCCCCAUUCUCCCUCCCCACGCCCCUUUCUCAACCCCCAUUCUCCCUCCCCACGCCCCUUUCUCAACCCCCAUUCUCCCUCCCCACGCCCCUUUCUCAACCCCUAUUCUCCCUCCCCACGCCCCUUUCUCAACCCCUAUUCUCCCUCCCCACGCCCCUUUCUCAACCCCCAUUCUCCCUCCCCACGCCCCUUUCUCAACCCCUAUUCUCCCUCCCCACGCCCCUUUCUCAACCCCUAUUCUCCCUCCCCACGCCCCUUUCUCAACCCCCAUUCUCCCUCCCCACGCCCCUUUCUCAACCCCUAUUCUCCCUCCCCACGCCCCUUUCUCAACCCCUAUUCUCCCUCCCCACGCCCCUUUCUCAACCCCUAUUCUCCCUCCCCACGCCCCUUUCUCAACCCCCAUUCUCCAUCCCCACGCCCCUUUCUCAACCCCUAUUCUCCCUCCCCACGCCCCUUUCUCAACCCCUAUUCCCCCUCUGCCACGCCCACCCCACCUCCCCCACCGCACCUCGCGCAGGCGCUGCCACAUGCGCAGCCAAUGGUGGCGCUUGAUCACGCCCAGUGCCUCCAGCAGGUAGCGCGGGCGCAGGGCGAGCGGCAGCGGCAGCACCAGCGUGAACUCCUCGUACGGCACAGAGGCCUCCAGAGGCAAGGGGGGGGCGGGCUGUGUGGCGGGCAGCAGCAGCACCGGCACACACCCACUCAUCACGGCGUCACCCACCCCCGCUGA